UUGCCGCAACACAUGUUCGGCCGGCUUUGGCGCCCAAAAAUAAUAAAUAUUAUUUAUUAUUUGCCAACAAGAUGCCGGAAAGUCUGAUCGCCGGUAUACCGGUGCACUUUCCCUUCGAACCGUACCCGGUGCAGCGGGCGUACAUGGAGAAGGUUAUCCAGUGCCUGAAGGAUGGAACAAACGGAGUGCUGGAAUCUCCAACUGGAACGGGAAAAACGCUGAGUCUGCUGUGCUCGUCGCUGGCCUGGAUCAGGACUCGCCAAUCGGAGCACCAGCAGCAGAUGAUUAAGCUGGACAAAGGUGCCGAUCUGAUGGGUGGAGGUGGCGGAGGAGGCCCGGAACUCUCGGAUUUGGCCAAGACCAUGGGCAAGGCCAACAAUUGGGGAGUGCCGAAGGUGAUCUACGCUUCACGUACGCACUCGCAGCUAACACAGGCCAUGCGGGAAUUGAAGCGCACUGCCUACUCCAACAUGCGAUCCGUGGUCCUCGGAUCAAGGGACCAGCUGUGCAUCCAUCCGGAGGUUUCCCGGGAAGUGGGCAACUCCAACAAGGUCAAUAUGUGCAAGCUGCGUGUCCACUCCAAGACCUGUUCCUUCCAGCUGCGUGUGGAGUCGAAAAAGGAUCAUCCGGACUUUCGGGGGCCCAGCAUCAUGGACAUCGAGGAUCUGAUUAAGGUGGGCCAGCGGCUCAAGAUGUGUCCGUACUAUGCGUCGAAGGAACUGGUGCCCCAGGCGGAUAUUACCUUCAUGCCGUACAAUUAUCUGCUGGAUCCAAAGGCGCGCAAGGCCAACAAGAUCGAACUGGGCAACACGAUUGUGAUCCUCGACGAGGCCCACAACAUCGAGAAGAUUUGCGAGGAGUCUGCCUCGGUGCAGAUCAAAUCCUCGGACGUAGCCAUAGCCAUUGAGGAUGUCACGCACAUCAUGAAGGCAUUCGCCAGCGACUCGCCGCAGGACAUGGCCGGCGAUGAGCCAAAGGACUUUACCGUGGAUGAUCUCAUGCUGCUCAAGGAGAUGCUUCUGGAGCUGGAGAAGGCCAUUGAUGCGGUGGUGGUGGACAAUCCCAUUGAUGGCGCCACCUAUCCGGCCUCCAUGAUCUACGAUCUUUUGGGAAAAGCCAAUUUCACUUAUGGAAACGUUGCCACUAUAGUGUCCCUGCUGGACAAGCUGGUGCAGUAUCUAAUGGUGGCCUCCCAGCAGCAGAUGAGCCUGCGCAAGGGCGGCAGCUUCACUAUACUGAGCGAUCUGCUCACCAUUGUCUUUGCCAACAAGGAGAGUGUUAUGAGCAAGGUGCACGCUAGCUUCAAGGUUCAUGUCCAGGUGGAGGAGUCCAAACAGGCGCCGGGAAAGCAGGCCCCAGCCAAGCAGCAAGGCGGCUGGCUGAGCAAGGCAGCCUUAACGAAUGGUUCCACUGGCAAGGUGGCCAAAAUCAUAAAUUUCUGGUGUUUUAAUCCGGGUUUCGGCAUGGAACAGUUGCUCAACACCCAGGUGCGCAGUGUAAUCCUCACGAGCGGUACCCUGGCACCGUUGAAGCCUCUGAUCGCUGAACUGGCCAUCCCGGUGGCCCAGCACCUGGAGAACCCGCACAUUGUGGACCAGUCGCAGGUGUAUGUGAAGAUCAUUGGCACAGGACCCGAUCGUCAGCCUCUGAUAUCCAACUACACCAAUCGUGAUAAUCCUAAGUACAUCAGCUCAUUGGGACAGACCAUUCUGAACGUCUCCCGCCUCGUUCCCGAUGGCCUGCUGGUCUUCUUCCCCUCGUAUCCGAUGCUGAACAAGUGCGUGGAUGCCUGGCAGGCCAGCGGCCUUUGGGCGGACAUAGCCAGCAAAAAGCCUAUAUUUUUGGAGCCGCGUGGCAAGGAUCAGUUCACCAGCACCAUGGAGGAGUUCUACCAGGCCAUACGCGACUCCAAGGGUGCCUGCUUCAUGGCCGUGUGUCGCGGCAAGGUAUCCGAAGGUCUGGACUUUGCCGAUCGCAACGGUCGGGCGGUGAUCAUCACGGGUCUACCGUUUCCGCCGCUCAAGGAUCCCAAGGUGAUACUGAAGCGUCGCUAUCUGGAGUCGAAUCGCACCCGGGAGAAUCAGCUCCUCAGCGGCAACGAGUGGUACAACCUGGAGGCUACCCGAGCCGUUAACCAGGCCAUUGGUCGUGUGAUCCGUCAUCGUAACGAUUACGGUGCCAUUCUGCUGUGCGAUUCGAGGUUCAAGGAUGCCGCUCAGGUGCAGCAGUUGUCCAAGUGGAUACGCGGACACCUCGGCGACAGGCCGCAGUGCUCACCCUUCGGCCCGAUUGUCCGGGAGCUGCGUCAGUUUUUCAAAAAUGCCGAAACCACUAUGAAGCAGCCGGAUGAGAGAGAAUCGGGGACUCCUCUGGAGACGGUUAUCAAAAAGGAGGACGAGCCACUGGCCCCCAUCACGCAGAUAAAAAGGGAACCAGGCUCCAAUGCCACCUUCAAGGCGGCCAAUGAAACAGCCAUCAAAGUGGAGAUGGCCAAUUCCAUAAAAUCAUGGUCACCGGCCGACUAUGCCUGCGCCGCUGGACGAACGCUUGGCGGCUCGUCGGCGCCCAAUGCCAUGGAUUUUAUGAGUCGCUUGGACUCGAAUGUCUCUAGCAUUGAUUUUAAUUGCAUGGAUAGCCGGAGUAGCUCCUCCGGUCUGGUGAAGAUUCACAAACGUGAGCGUAGCUCUCCUCCUAGUUCAUCCCAAUCCUCCAGCCAGACAGCCAAGAAGCGUUACAAGCUAGUGGAUAACAUAAGCAGCAUCAAGGUGGAGCCGCCGGAGGUGGAAAAGGUGGCGCCCGAAGCUCGGUCUGAUUUCCUGCGAGAGUUGCGAAGUCUGGUUAGUCAGGAUCAGUUCCGUGCCUAUGGCCGGGCCUUGCUGGAGUACAAAGACGGCAGUGAGGACAAGUUUGAGGCCCUGAUGAAGGUGCUCUUCGAGGUGUUGGUUGGUCCGCGAUGUCGUUACCUUCUGGUGGGAAUGCGAAAGUAUUUAAAGGCGGAACACAGGACGGAAUUCGAUUUAAGAUUAGCCAAGCUGGAGAAGAUCUAGUUUUUUUUUUUUUUUUUGUGGGUCG